AAAGUUGUUGUGUUGUCAGAUCUGUCGGAGGCCAUCGUGCACUCGAUGCAGCGAAGCCGCCGCCUACUCUUCGUCCUCAGCCCCAACUUCCUGGCAGAAAAGAGCUUCAGCCUGCUGGAGUGUCGCCUGGGUCUGUACGUCCAACACGGCCACCAUGCCUCCAUUGUUGCUGUCACUUACCGCUCAGUCAGUAAACUUCCCUGUGUGGAGGUGGCUCAGCUCCGGCAGGCCGCCGCCACCACAGUGACGUGGCGAGGGAGUCGAUCCGAGUCGCGGCGGUCACGCUUCUGGCUGCGGCUGAGGCUGGCGUUGCCGCUGCGGCCGCUGGCUCUCGGCAGGAGGCUGAUAGACAGCACGUCGUCUCACUCUGACCUCGCCAUGCUGGCGCUGCAGAGGGCGCAAUCCAUCCACAGCCAGAAGCAGAGAGACAGAGCAGGAGCCAAUCAGUGCCGUAGAAACAGGCGGGCCUCAGCCAACCAGAGCCGCAGAGACAGACAUGCCCCACCUAGAGGGAGGGGUAAGGUGAAGAGGGAGGGGGCAUGCAGGGAGGCGGGGUCAAAUGGCAGAGGCAAGGAGCCACAGCACAGCUGCUCGGGGGGCGCUGACUUUGUCAGUCAGGUGGAGGACACGGGGGUGGAGCUUACAGUAGAGAUACAGCAGGUGUCACCUGACAGGACUGAGAUCAGGUCUGACCCUGUCCCGGAAACAGACCCUGCCCCGAUUCCUGACCCCGCCCAUGAUGCUCACUGUACUCCUGACCCCGCCCCCGUACCUGACCUGGCUCCUGAUGUGGACUGUGACUCCGCCCUCCCUACCUGUCAGCUGGACGGAGGAAAACACAAACAACAGCAGAUGAUUGGUUCCAGGUGAAGGGGACGCUCCCCUGACACUAACCCCACCCCCCCCUCCCCCCCAAAA